AUUGCAGUGCCAGCCUGGGUGUAACAUUGAGAUAUCCUAACCUACAGGAUUUGUAAAAAAGAAACACAUAAAGAUGCAGAAUCUAUCUUUGGGCUUAAGGAUCAUUCAAGACUCCUCAUAUAUGGAGGUGAAGCGCCAGUUCUCUUGCUGCAGCGCGCACUACUCCAUGUCUACCCCGCAAGUAGGCGUCGCUUUCAUCGGCAAGGGUUUCCGGAAGAUGCGUGUAAAGGACAUGCAGCAGGAAGAGGUGUUUGUAAUCCGCCGCCCCAUCCACUGGUGCUCGUUGCCUGAAGUAUUCGUGGAGGUGGGGGAUGCGCCCGCGCUGCUUCUCAAGCCCAAGGGAUACCUCAGCUCUUCCUACUUCAUCAUCGACGAGAACGACCAGAAUGUGCUGAGGAUUAAGAAGCUGUCCAACUGCUUUACUGAUCCUGAUUAUAAGAUCUUCAGUCAAAACGACGUGCAGAUAGGAGAGAUAAAGGGAGAGAAGACAGAGUUCGACUUAAAGUACCCGCGGGACCUCGGAGUGCGGUACAAAGCCGCCUUGAUAGCUGCUUGCAUGUUCUUUGACAACGAGAGGCAGCAAGAGAAAAAUGCGUUCAGUUAAGUUUACCGCAUGUGCAUCAGUGCAUUGCUUCGUUGAGAUUAUGAUUGUUUGUAACUUUACGAAUUCAAAUAGGUAAUUAUGAUUAUAAGCAACUUGUUAAACUAGUAUCUAUUAGGUUUAGUUUCUUUACGUUUAGUUCAAUUUUGAUUUUGUGGCUUUUGUGCUUUAAGUAAAUAAAACAACCACUGAAA